AACAACAUCUCACCUCCUUUCUUUAGUCCAAGUGCUGGAGCACGUUUGAGUGACCAUGGAGUGCGCUCGCUGUCAUGUAGUUCGGCGUUAACGCGGCGUGAAUAGCGGGAGACCCCGGUACUCUUCGAGUGGACACGCGGGGGCCGCAGUCGAGCCAUGGCAGCGCGGGAGGACGGGGAGGUCCCGCACGGCAAACCGAGGCACCACGACGGCACCGCGAGUGUGAACAGCGCCGAGGGCUUCAGGAACGGCUACGUGAAGAGCUGCGUCACCCCGCUGAAGCGGGACCGUCGCGGGGGCUCUCUGCUGAGCGCGUGCGGGCUCUGCAACGAAGACGCGCUCGACUCCAGCCCGCGGAAGGUGUCUGCCCUGUACGCCGGCGCGGUCGCGCUGCUCGCGGCGGCGCUGCUCGCCGCCAGGAGCCUGCAGGGCGACCCGCCGGGCGACUUGCGCACUUUCCUGUGGGGCUUCUCGCAGUCCGUCAGUCCGCUGUUCAGCAUCGGCUGCGCGUUCUUCUUCCUCACCUUCUACCUGCGCCGGAAGAAGCGGGAGAGCGGCAGGUGCUGGCUCGUGUCGCUGCCCGCCUCCUGCUACCUCGGGGACUUUCUGGUCGUGCGCUGCCUGCAAUGGGGAGAGGAGCAGCACCAGAUGCAAAUGGUGGGCCGGCUGCUGUUCGUGCUGGGCUGCGUGGGGCUGCUCACGCUCGUGCCCACGCUGCGGCUCAAGCACAGCGUGCCGGUGCUGCUGUUCGCCAGCGUCGUGUGGCUCGUCUCCUACACGAGUCUGAGCGGGCUGCCCGCGCUGCUCCGGCCGCUCUUCGCCUGCGUCGCCGGGGUGUGCGGCUCCCUGCUGGGGCUCUGCUUCGACCGCCGCCACCCGGCGAGGGAGCCGCCGGGCGGCGGCGCCGGCGCCGAGGAGAAGGUCCCCGUGAUCCGACCGCGCAGGAGGUCGAGCUGCGUGUCCCUGGGGGAGACGUCCACCAGCUACUACGGCAGUUGCAAGAUGCCUCGCAGACCCUCGUUGCCCUGCAUAUCCAGAGAGCAGAUGAUCUUGUGGGACUGGGAUUUGAAGCACUGGUACAAGCCACAGUAUCAGGGCGCCGUGAGCGGCAACGGCGUGGAUCUCUCGGUCAUCAACGAGGCCAGGAACCUGGUGUCAGACCUGCUGAUGGACUCGUCUCUGUCACCGCACACCACCUCAAGUCUGCGCAGCAUCUCCAGCCUCAUGGGGACGUUCUCAGGCUCAUGCCGUCCCAGGGUCAACCCCUUCACCCCCUUCCCGGGUUUCUACCCCUGCGACGAGGUGGAGGACCCUGUCGAGAGGACCGACAGGAAAACUAUCAAGGGUUUGAGCAGCAGAAACAGCCUCCCCACCCCUCAGCCCAGGCGGAGUUCCACCUCCUCUUCAUCCUCUGCACUGUUUCCUCUUGAAUCAACCUCCUCACGCUGGGAGCGCAGCAGUGGCAAGAGACCCCACCAUGACCACAACCUGACCAGCUCAGGUCUGUCCAAUGGGCCCAGUGCAAACCUGCUUACCAUUCCCAAACAGAGGUCUUCCUCUGUGACCCUCACCUACCAUGCAGGGUCUAGGAGAGCUGGCACGUCCCCUAGCCUGAGCCCAGUCACCUCACCAAGCCACAGUUCCCCCGCAGUAGGCCUGGGCUCCUCAUCGUCCCUCGUCACUCGAUCGCCGGUGGAGUUCCCCGACACGGCCGACUUCCUGACAAAGCCGAGCAUCAACCUAAACCUGCACAAGCCGUUGGCCUACACCCUCAGCUCACCCGACUUUCAGCAGGCCUACCGUAGCUCCGCCUUCCCCCUCUGCACCAGCUGUGGUCGUCAGAUGCCCAAGGGAGUUUCCAGCUGUGACGCAGGGGAAUCUCAUCAACCAUUCACCAGUGAGGCUCAACGCAGGCGUUCAGGAGGUGAAGGACUGGAGUUCGCAGGUGAGCCUCUGAUCAGAGAGGAGAGCCUGGAGGUGGACAUGUCUGGAGACGGGCGGUCAGAUGUUGCAGGGAAUCAGGGGCAGGCGGAGGAGAAGGAGAGGCGCCCGAGCACAGACCAGCAGACUCAGGAAUCAGAGGGUGAGCAGGAGUUCAGACUCGACCCUAUGCUGGAGGACCAAAAGGCUCUAAUGGAGAGGAUGAACACUUGGAACUUCCAGAUCUUUGACCUGGUCGACAAAACGGGAGGGAAGACUGGCCGGAUACUCAGCUAUGUGACGUACACCCUUUUCCAGGAUACGUGCCUGUUUGAAAUUUUCAAGAUCCCAGUGAGGGAGUUCAUGACAUACUUCUGUGCCCUGGAAAGUGGCUACAGGGACAUUCCCUAUCACAACCGGGUUCAUGCUACUGAUGUGCUCCACGCUGUCUGGUACCUGACCACUCGACAAAUCCCUGGGUUCCAGCAGAUCCACAGUGAGCAUGUGACAGGAAGUGACACAGAUUCAGAUAGUGGGAUCUCUCCGGGCAGGAUAUCCUACGCCUCCUCCAAGAGCUCCUCGAUUUCAGAUGACAGCUAUGGCUGCCUGGCCUGGAACAUCCCUGCCCUUGAGCUCAUGGCCCUUUAUGUAGCAGCCGCGAUGCACGACUACGACCACCCUGGUCGCACAAACGCCUUUCUAGUAGCCACUAAUGCACCUCAGGCGGUGCUGUACAACGACCGCUCGGUGCUGGAGAACCACCAUGCUGCGUCCGCCUGGAGCCUCUACCUCUCCCGGCCCGAGUUCAACUUCUUGGUCAACCUGGAUCACGUGGAGUUCAAGCGUUUCCGCUUCCUCGUCAUCGAGGCGAUACUGGCAACAGACCUCAAGAAGCACUUUGACUUCCUGGCUGAGUUCAAUGCCAAGGUGAACGACGUGAACAGUCCGGGGAUUGACUGGACCAAUGAGAACGACAGACUGCUGGUGUGCCAAGUGUGUAUCAAGCUGGCCGACAUCAAUGGACCGGCCAAAGUCCGUGACCUGCAUCUCAAAUGGACAGAGGGCAUCGUCAACGAGUUUUAUGAGCAGGGAGAUGAGGAGGCUGGGUUGGGAUUACCCAUCAGCCCAUUCAUGGACCGCUCCCUCCCGCAGCUGGCCAAGCUACAGGAGUCCUUCAUCACCCAUAUUGUUGGACCACUUUGUAACUCCUACGACGCUGCCGGCCUACUUCCUGGCCACUGGAUUAACGAAGCGGGAUCAGAUGACGACGACGACGACGACGACGACGAGGGGCAGGUCGACACAGACUCAGAUGAAGAUGAGGAAGAGAGGCUCGAAGAUGAGCUUGCACCAAAAAGGAGAAAGAGCCACCGCAGGCUGUUCUGCAGCAUCAUGCAGCACCUGACGGAGAACCACAAGGUGUGGAAGAAGACCAUCGAGGAGGAGGAGAAGAGCAAAGAGCUCGGCAAACUGCAGCAGCAGCCGGACAGCCUGCUCUCCAGCCUGCCGGACAGCCUGCCCGUCUCCCCGUCAGAUGACAUCCAGGUCAUCCAGGAGGAGGAGGAGGGAGAGGAGCGCCAGUAGCAGGACGACGACGAAGAAGGAAAGAACAGAAAUGCGUGAAAAAGAAAACAAGAGACAGAACGAGGGCACGAGUCCCUCUACCACCUGCCUCUUACCGACAUGAACACAAACAGACACGAGGAACACACGCCGACAAGUUGACAAAUGCACAUAAAACACACUUCUCUCCCUCUCUCUCUCACACACACACACACACACACGGAAAGAUUCACUGUGCAGUCUCAAGCGGUCACAUUGAUCUUGGAGAAACAAAAAGGCCUUUCUACUGUGAGCGGAUCCUUGCCGCAACGGUGGGAGCCCAACUCCUAUGCACUUUCACCCCCGCGGAGAGUCGGGUGCACCGGGAGGAGAAAGCACCGGAACUGAGGAGGACGGUGCGGAAGAGAGAGAGAGAGAGAGAGUGGACGGGGGUCCAGCGUUAACUCGCCCUCCACGGUGACUCGGCUGUGAUGCUGCCUCAAAUGCGAAGCGCUUACACCUCCCUUAGGUACAGAACAGUUCCUGUCUUAUUUAAGAAUGAAAAGGUCGAGGAAAAGUGAUGAAGCAAGCGACAUCAUCGAGCGAUGGAUUCCCUUUACCAAAGUGAACAGUUCCCACGUGGAGAGACAAGAGACUGAGACUGUUGCAGCCUCAGUGUUGGGUAUAUUUUCGAAGUAUAUAUAUGUGUAUGUAUGUAUAUAUAUACAUGUGUACAUAUAUAUAUGUAUAUAUAUAUAUAUAUAUAUAUAUAUAUAUAUAUAUAUAUAUAUAUAUACAUACAUAUAUAUAAUGUGCCUGUCUGAACCUUUACUGAGUCCCUGUUGGCCCAGAGCCUCGGCUUGUGUAGUUCUCUCUUCUUGCUGAUGACACGAAACACUGUAUAAGACUCAGUCACAGAGACAUUAUUGAAAUGUUGACUGAUUAUUAGCAUUAUAUCUGCAUCAAUUUUGAUGCUUUUACUCAUGUGUACCACCUGUCUUUUUUCUUUUGUUGAUGGGGGACCCUUUAUCUCCCCCUUGCUUCAUUUUGUUUGUGUGUGAAUAUUUUGUUUGGGGUGGGAAUGUGAUGGAGAGAAUGAGAAGGGAGAACAAGAGCACAUUUUUGAUUAUUAUUUGUGUGUGUGUGUGUGUGUGUGUGUGUGUGUGUGUGUGUGUGUGUGUGUGUGUGUGUGUGUGUGUGUGUGUGUGU